AUGAAUUCUACAUCAAAAACUAGCAUUGAAUACCUUCAAGAACAAAGUUCAGGAUUAGAAGACAUACUUGAGAGAAAUUUGAGUGGUAAUGAUUUAGAUGAAGCUUGGAGAUUAAUUUAUGGAAGUAAAAGUAUUAAAUUAAAUUUUACUGAAGAUAUUAUAAGGUCUUGUGACGAAAACAAUAUUGAAAUUAAAGGAUAUCAAAUUAAGGCAGAAAAUGAACAACUUCGAUUACCUAGAAAUGUUAAAGUUGCAGCUAUUCAAAAUGCUAUUGUUGAACCAACAACUGCUCCUAUAGCUGUACAAAGAGAAGCUCUUCAUAAUAGAGUAGGUUUAAUGAUUGAAUUAGCAGCACAAGCAGGUGCAAAUAUAGUUGGUCUUCAAGAGGCAUGGACAAUGCCUUUUGCUUUUUGUACACGUGAAAGACUUCCAUGGACAGAAUUUGCUGAAUCAGCUGAAGAUGGUCCAACAACUAAAUUUUUAAGUAAUAUUGCUAGAAAAUAUGGUAUUGUAAUUAUUAGUCCAAUUCUUGAAAGAGAAGAAUCUAAGGAUGAUGUUAUUUGGAAUACAGCUGUAGUAAUUUCUCAUACAGGAAAUAUUAUUGGAAAAAGUAGAAAAAAUCAUAUACCAAGAGUUGGAGAUUUUAAUGAAAGUACAUAUUAUAUGGAAUCUGAAUUAGGGCAUCCAGUCUUUGAAACAAAAUAUGGUUUAAUUGGAAUUAAUAUUUGCUAUGGUAGACAUCAUCCACAAAAUUGGAUGUCAUUUGCCUUAAACGGUGCUGAAAUAAUUUUUAAUCCAUCUGCAACUAUUAAUGGAUUAAGUGAAGCAUUAUGGCCAAUUGAAGCUCGAAAUGCCGCAAUUGCUAAUCACUGUUUUACUGUAGCUAUAAACAGAGUUGGAACAGAAAUAUUUGAGCAUGCUUUUACAUCUGGUGAUGGUAAACCAGCUCAUAAUGAAUUUGGUCAUUUUUAUGGAACAUCAUACAUUUCUGCUCCAAAUGGAAUAAGAACACCAUCAUUAUCAAGAAACAAAGAAGGAAUUUUAAUAUGUGAAAUUGAUCUUAAUCUUUGCAGACAGGCCAAAGAUAAUUGGGGUUUUAAAAUGACACAAAGGCUUUCAUUAUAUGCAAAAGAAUUUACUGAUGCAGCUAAGCCGGAUUACAAAAGAAACAUUAUUCGAGAAUAA